AUGGAAGGCCCUCCAGAGGCAAGGUCUUUGGAAGCUUUCUUGUUACUUAAUUUUGGGGUUGAGAAUCCUAGCUUGUUCCAACGAAUCAAAGAGGCUUGGAAGAAUGUCAAUCGAAAAGGGAAAGAUGAUUUAGGGAGAGCAAAUGGGAUUACAAAAGAACCAUAUUUUCAUUGGAUAAAGGAAAGGGUGGAGAUGAUUAAAAUGCCAUUUGCCAUUCUGACACCUAUACCUCUUCCUGGACCUAAGCUUACCCAUGUCCCUAUUGAAGAAGUGGAGGAACUCAACACCAUCAUGGAAAAAUUAGAAAAAGAGAAUGAAGAGUUGCAAAUAAAACUCCAACAGACCAUCAAUGAGAAGAACACCAUGAAGUGGGAGCUUGAGAUAAAAGAGGCACAACUUCAGGCACAUGUGGAAAAAUUCAACAAAGAGGAGCACAAGAGAAAAAAGAUCAAAAUAAAGGAACUCACCAAUUCUGUUCGUCAUGCAAAGGCUGAAGUAGAUCAGGAACACCGACUCAAAAACAUAGCCACCGAAGCUUCUAGGUUUUCACCCAUGAUAUGGGAGGAAAAGUGUCGAGAAGUAAGAGAUGCAAAAGAGUCUGUUAGCUAUUGGAAGAACCAGCUAGAGUCAUUACGCCAAGACAACUUCAUAUGGUUGAAAGAGAGAGACUAUAUGAUCGAAGAUUAUGAAUCCUUUAAGAAGACCAUAGACUUCUUGCAAGGAGAUAGGGAUAAGUUUCGUGCAAAGCUCGAUGGGCUAGUGGGUUUCUGUAAUUGGGCGGCUAAAGAAUUACCGUGGAAGUUAAGAGACGCAGUUGAAGAGUUGAAAGAAGAUAGCACUCCUCCAGCCAUAAUCAGUUUCAUUCUGCUAUGUAGAGGGUUUAUGAAGAGAUUCAAGGAGGAACUAGAAGAGCUCCAAGCCAGAAAGCUUGCAGUUUAA